CUGAGCGGUGGCAGCGCCGCAGCCGGGGCCGAAGCGCAGGAGCCGACGGGGCCCGGCCGGGAUGGUGCAGCGGCGGCUCCGCGGCGCACACACGCACUGAGCGGGCCCAAGCUGGGCCCCGCGCCCCCCGCGCCCCCCGCCGCCCCGGUCCCGGCCGGCAUGAUGUGCCUGGAAUGCGCCUCGGCGGCGGCGGGCGGCGCGGAGGAGGAGGAGGCGGACGCGGAGCGGCGGCGCCGGCGCCGGGGGGCGCAGCGAGGGGCUGGCGGUGGCGGCUGCUGCGGGGCGCGGGCACCGGGCGCCACUGGAGUCGCGGCCGCCGACGACGAGGUGCAGACUCUGUCAGGCAGCGUGAGGCGGGCCCCGGCCGGACCCCCCAGCACCCCCAGCACCCCCAGCUGCGCAGCCGCUGCAAAGGCCCCCGGCGCGCAGCAGCCCAAGCCAGCCAGCUUGGGCCGCGGGCGCGGGGCAGCAGCCGCCAUCCUCAGCUUGGGCAACGUGCUCAACUACCUGGACAGGUACACCGUAGCAGGCGUCCUUCUGGAUAUCCAGCAGCACUUCCGGGUCAAGGACCGCGACGCCGGCCUGCUGCAGUCAGUGUUCAUCUGUAGCUUCAUGGUGGCCGCCCCCCUCUUCGGGUACCUGGGUGACCGCUUCAACAGGAAGGUGAUCCUCAGCUGCGGCAUUUUCUUCUGGUCGGCUGUCACCUUCUCCAGCUCCUUCAUCCCCCAGCAGCACUUCUGGCUGCUGGUCCUGUCUCGGGGGCUGGUGGGCAUCGGCGAGGCGAGCUACUCCACCAUCGCACCCACCAUCAUCGGCGACCUCUUCACCAAGAACACGCGCACGCUCAUGCUGUCUGUCUUCUACUUUGCCAUCCCGCUGGGCAGUGGCCUGGGCUACAUCACUGGCUCCAGCGUGAAGCAGGCGGCUGGAGACUGGCACUGGGCCCUGCGGGUGUCCCCCAUCCUGGGCAUGAUCACAGGAACACUCAUCCUUGUCCUGGUCCCGGCCACUAAGAGAGGCCAUGCCGACCAGCUCGGGGGGCAGCUCAAGGCACGGACCUCGUGGCUCCGAGACAUGAAGGCCCUGAUCCGGAACCGCAGCUACGUCUUCUCCUCCCUGGCCACGUCGGCCGUGUCCUUCGCCACAGGGGCCCUGGGCAUGUGGAUCCCGCUCUACCUGCACCGCGCCCAAGUCGUGCAGAAGAUGGCAGAGACGUGCAGCAGCCCACCCUGUGGGGCCAAGGACAGCCUCAUCUUUGGAGCCAUCACUUGCUUUACGGGCUUUCUGGGUGUGGUCACGGGGGCAGGAGCCACGCGCUGGUGCCGCCUGCGGACCCAGCGGGCUGACCCGCUAGUGUGUGCUGUGGGCAUGCUGGGCUCUGCCAUCUUCAUCUGCCUUAUCUUCGUGGCCGCCAAAAGCAGCAUUGUGGGGGCCUAUAUCUGUAUCUUCGUCGGGGAGACGCUGCUAUUUUCUAACUGGGCCAUCACUGCGGACAUCCUGAUGUAUGUGGUCAUUCCCACAAGAAGGGCCACCGCAGUGGCCCUGCAGAGCUUCACCUCCCACCUGCUGGGGGAUGCCGGAAGCCCCUACCUCAUCGGCUUUGGUGAACCAGCUGGUGAUGCCGCCCGCAUCCAUGAAAGUCUGAGGCGGUGCCACUGGGAUAAUGAAGAACCAUUGCUCUCACCUAGUCUGGGAGGUGUCCUAUGGCAUCCUGGCCCUGCUGGGCUGUCCCAAAGCUUUCUGUGUGACCCACAGCGGGCCACUGGCCCUCUUUGGUCUGGGACUCCUGAGUGGCCGUGGCUCCAAGAAGAGGCUGUGUCCUCAACUAACCUGGAAGGCUGUCAGUGCUGGAGCCACAUGCUUGGACAGACUCCCGGCCCCAGGGGCCCAGGGAGAAGACGGCCCCUAGUGGGUGCGUGGGGAGAGCCUGGCCUGACACCAGCUUAUGUGAUCCUGGGCAAGUCCCUGCCCUCACCGGACUGCGGGGCCAGGGGGCUGGACUUUCCCACGCAGCUUGCCAGGCAUGGCACCGUCUACAGCUUAGAAGACCUACCAGCUCCUGGGCCACCCAGAGAAGAGGUGGCCCAGGCCUUAGAGUGGCAUUUCAGGCUCUGAGGCUCCCCGAAAGGCCUGCUGUGCGAGGACCACAGCCUUUCAGCUGGGCCUCUGACCUUGGGGACAUUGGACUCAACCUGGCAGAGGUGGGCACUCAAGUCACUGGGCACUUCCCAGCCUGGCUGGUCACUCUGGAGGACAUCUGUCUCCACUGCCUUGAGCUAGCUGUCUGCUUGGAGGUCUCCCAAGUGGGGACCAUCCCAACAGGGAGCUGGCAUCACCAGGGGUGAAGGCCCUGGUGGCAGCUACAUACCACCUGUACCCCCAGGCUUUGAGAUCCUUGGGGGCUGCCCACUCCUACAGGGCUCCUUCCAGCCCUUGCAGCAUUUCUGCUGUCCAUCUCCUCCCUGACUCCCCCCACAGAAGCCAAGAACCACCUCCUGCCCCCAGGCCGGGCCCUUUCCAGGAGCAGAGCCCAGGGGACUAUUCCCAGAAUCCAUAGGGCAGUAGCCAGGGUGCUGGCUGCCAGAGGAAGCAGCCAUCCACCCAGCUUCCUGUCCCAGGGAAUAGCCUGGUGGAGGUUGAGGCCCACCGGGCGAGGCCAACACCCCAGAGCCACCUCCAACCAAACGUUGGCUGCUGUUGCUCUCACGCAUAUUUCCACACAGCCCACCACUCCCCCAGCCUCUGACCGCCCCAUGCUCAUCCUCAGCACCACACCAGAGAGCAGCUGCUAACUUCACACCAGACCCCUGUCCCCUGGCAGAGCUUAUCCUAGCCUCCCUGCUCCACUCCCUCUCUGCAAUGUGCUGGAAUCACGGUGGUUCUGGUCUGGGGGCCCCUGCGGCCAGUAGGAAACCCUGAGAGCCAGCUUAGACAAUGCUUUGCCCCAUAGUUAGUGGCUGGCGUGGCUUCAGUGGUAUGUAAGCUAGUGGAAUACCCACUCCCCGCCGAGCUCUGGGGCACCCUGGGGGCCUAACAAGGGGGUGGGCUGGGGGAGGUAUCCCCCGAAGACCAGCCUGGCCUCCACUCCCACCCCAGCCUCAACUGGGGCCCCAGCGAUGUUUUCUUGUUGUACAAGAACCAGGUCCAAGUGUUGCCUCCUCUUCCUUCCGGAAGCCAAACUGCUCCUUUAUUUUUUAGAGCUGCUGAUUGUGAAUCUCAGAAUCUUAAGAGAGAAACCAAAUAGACUCCUCUUGUAAAUAAACCUAUUUAAAUCAUG